AUGUCUCGUCCUCUUCAGAGUCCUUUCGACUUUGAUGAUUCUGAUAACGAAUCUAUCAAUGUUCAUGAUAGCACUUCUGAGGGACCCUUUGCAUCCCCUGAUGAUUAUAAUAUGAAUAGUUGGUCCAGGACAAAUAGAAGACUUCCACCGGAAGUUCAGGCGGCUCUCCCGGUAGGUCUUCAGGCGGGUUUCCCGGUAGGUCUCCAAACGGGGUCCCCGGUGGGUCCCCAGAUGGAUCUUCAUUUCACUCCAUCCCUGCUGAGUCCUCCUCAGACUCACUCUGUCGAUAAGUAUGGCAACGAUUACUCGCAGAGCUACAACUUUGACGACUAUUACUCUACCAAUGACGUUGAUGAAGCUGUCAGACCCACAGAGUCAUCCACUAAGAUCCGAGAUCUGCCUUCAAGACCCGUCAAUUACUCGUCUUCUGGUUUCUUUCAAGCCUUCGAAAGAGAUCCAGAUGAACCAGAAAUUGACUAUCAACCAAGUCUCAUUGAAGAUGAGAAACAGCAGCUUCCAGAAACUACAAAUGCUCCUGUAAACGUUGCCGGUACAGAGAGAGUAAAAUUGUUGAAUGGAAGAUACUACAGUUUCGACUAUCCCGUUCCAAAGCUGCUUUUGGAGAAUAUUCCCUUUGAAGGUGCCAAGGAUUUAGCAGAAUUCACUUACUUAAGAUAUCAUGCCAUCACGGCAGAUCCAAAAGAUUAUCGUCCUGAUAACUCAGUUGCACGUGACUUCAUAGAAAACUAUCCAUUAAGACAGAAAUGCUACCCCAUUCCAAGAGAGACUGAGCUUAUGAUUGUCUGUACUAUGUACAAUGAAGACGAGAUCUUGCUUGCCAGAACCUUAAAGGGUGUCUUCAAGAACAUCAAGCAUAUGUAUAACAUGUUCGAUGAUCCUGACAGUCCAUUUGGACGUAGUGCCUGGAAGAAGAUCGUGGUUGUAGUUGUUGCAGAUGGCAGAAAUAAGCUAAAUGAGCGUUCUAAGUCUCUUUUGACACUCUUAGGAUGCUAUCAGGAUGGUAUUAUUCAGGAAAAGGUUAACGAUGUAGAUGUUAAGGCUCAUUUGUUUGAAUAUACGACUUCUUUUGGCAUUGGAAAGUUCAAAUAUGAUAGUAAAGGAGGUUCCAGGUGUCGUAUUCCAUUGGUGACUGAUCAAACCAUCCCUAUACAGUUCAUGUUUCUUCUUAAAGAGAAGAAUGCCCAAAAGAUCAACUCUCAUCGAUGGGCUUUAAACUUUCUCUGUCCAAACUUAAAUCCCAAAGUGGUAUGUUUGAUUGACGUUGGUACCGAACCUGGUCCUGAUUCUAUCUAUAAGCUUUGGGAGGCAUUUAAAGAUCCCCAAGUAGGUGGUGUUUGCGGUGAAAUUAGAGCCAUGUUAGGUAGACAUGCCAGUGCCAACGAUGAAACCGCUCUCUUCGGUAAGAUAGCGUUCUGGAUAUGGGCUAAAAUGAGUGAUUUGUGGGCCUGUUUCUGUAAUCCGUUGGUUGCAGCCCAGAAUUUUGAAUACAAGAUCUCUAAUAUCCUUGAUAAGCCUACAGAAUCCUUCUAUGGCUUUGUCACCGUCCUACCUGGUGCCUUUAGUGCCUAUAGAUAUACUGCAUUACAAGGGGAUCCUCUGGAAGCAUAUUUCCAUGGUGAAGAUAUGAAAUCGGACACUGAAAAACCUGCUGGUGUCUUGGAGUCUAACAUGUAUCUAGCAGAAGAUCGUAUUUUGUGCUACCAGUUGGUUUCCAAACCUUAUUCGUCAUUCUUACUUCGUUACGUUCAUGACUCUUAUGCUGUCACCGAUGUUCCAAGUUCUGUCGAUGAGUUCAUGGCACAGAGAAGAAGAUGGCUAAAUGGUUCCUUUUUUGCUGCUCUCUAUUCGCUUAUUCAUUUCUAUCGAAUCCUACGCUGCUCUCACAGUUGGGGUCGAAAGAUGCUGUUGGUUCUAGAAAUGUCCUAUCAGUUCAUCAGUAUCAUCAUUUCUUGGUUCGCGUUGGCAACCUACUUCCUCAUCUUCCGUAUCUUAACGUUAGAAGUCAUCUCCACUACCAUUGGAUUUAAGGUUGGUAACAUCUUGGCUGUUGUAUUUCUUUGGAUUUACAUUACUGCUGCUGCUUUGACCUUUAUUAUCUCAUUCGGUAAUAAGCCCAACCAGAAUAAGCGUCUCUAUCAGUUGGUGUUUGCAUUGUUCGGUAUUGUCGGUAUUUAUAUGAUGUUCUGCGUUAUCCUAUUGACCAUCUCAGCCAUCGACUCAAUUAAAGACGCCGUUUCUUCGUCUAAAACUUCACUAGCAGUUACCCUUUUUAAAAACUCAACCUUCAGAAACCUUACUGUGUCCUUAGCAUCCACCUAUUUGCUCUAUCUUCUUUCGUCGCUCUUAUUUUUUGACGUCUUCCAUCUCAUUGCUUGCACCAUACCCUAUCUUCUUCUCAACCCCGCCUAUGUCAAUGUUCUCAGUAUCUAUGCUUUCUGUAAUCUUGACGAUAUCUCUUGGGGUACUAAAGGAGCAUUAAAGUCAGAAGAAAGUCCUAAGAAGCAAGCUAGCGUUGUAAAUGCAUCUGGAUCAUCGGUCGAGCAAGAGCUUUUACUCUCAGAGGCACUUCAGGACCCUGAUGAGAUGUAUUUACAGGCUCGGAAAGAAUUGGAGUCUUUAGAUGAUGGAAAUAAAGACAUCAAUGCGUCCAACUUGAAGCUAUCCCAGAAGAACUAUGCAAAAGGUAGAACUUACGCUGUUCUUAUAUGGUUAUUUUCUAACUUCAUAUUAUUAGUGGUUGUUCUAAGAACAGGAGGUCUGGACGAAUACAUCAAUAUUCAAGAUGACGGUCCUCCGGGAUCUACCACAACCACUAGUACUACUGCCACUGCUUCUGCCACCACUACCUCUACCACCACUAAACGUUUUGUUAAACGAGAGUAUGACGAACAUACUGCAUCAAUUUUCAUGACUGUUAUUCUUUGGAUCGUGGUGGCUAUGGCAUUAUUUCGCUUUCUUGGUUGCAUUUUCUACAGAUUGGACUUCUUUAGAAAGAGACAAAAGUAUCAUAAAGCUCAGGUUUACUAUUAA